ACGACAUCUGAGUAUUGCUCUGACUAAAAAAAAAAUCUUUUCACACAACUCUUCUUUCACUUUAUUACAACAACAACCAAACAGAAAAAACAUAAACUUAAAUGCCGUUUGACACUAUUGGAAGAUCUCAAAAACGCAUUAGGUCUUCACCCCUACAAUUUGAUGAAGAAGAUGAUUUUUACUCCAUUUCCUUCGACGAUAAUUUACAUUCACCUUUUCCAAUCAACCAAGAUAAAGAUUGGUUACAAGAAAAUUGGAUACAUGGCAAAAACGACAAAUUAUCGCCCACAACAUCUUCUUCAGAUACAACAGACAAUCCUUCCGUCUAUUCCCUAUCACUCCCAACUACUGAUAGUACCUCAUUUUGGAAACAACCAACCAUAUCUAUGCCUACCACUUCAGAGCUGGAUAUCUGGUCUAAAUUUCAUCUAUCUUACUCUGAUAUUGGAAUCAAUAUGGAAGCCAAUGUUACGAGUGCAUCAGAUCUGCAUUCUCUCAUAGAUGCCUUUAGUAAACUAUGUAGUACAGACUCGUCUGUGGUGGCACAUGACCCCAGCUCCCAAUCACCUCCAAUUCCCCAAUCACCAAUAUCUUCAGGUGAUGACUACAUUUCCUCAAAUCAAUCUGUCACUAGUGCAAGUAGUGGAAUUACUCUUUGUAGAAACAAGUCGCAUAAAUUAAAGCCCGUAAAUUAUUUUGCUACUGUUGGUAGACUUGGUCAGCUUAGUCACCCACAUUCAAAACAUGGUUUAAUUAGUUUAAAACAAGUAGCUGAGGCUUGUAUUGACACUUACUUCACGUGCUGGGUAAGAAAUACUCCUGUGCUACGUCGAGAUGAGUUUAUGACCUGGUAUGAGGCACAAGAGGAUCCGACAAACACCCUUAUUGUAAAUGCCAUUUGCUUAUUUGUAUUUCGACACAUGGUUCUACACCAUUCAAUACCUGGAGUAGAACAUUUUGUUUGUGACCAAGACAAGAUUCAAGAGCAAGAGGAAUAUUUUUUCGAUACCGCUCGUGAAUGUUUAUCACAGUCAUUUGAUAGCCCUGAUCGAUUUACAAUCGUAGCCUUGUUGUUUAUGGUAUUUCGUGCUGAGCCUAGCCGCAGACACCAUUAUGCUGGCAUGGCGGUAUCUGCACUUCAUGAGCUAGAUAUUUAUCCUCGUACUAUUGAUGAAUCCGAUGAUGAAUCGUAUGAAAAAGAAAUGGAUACUCGUCUUUGGUGGUUUGUUUGGGCGUGGGAUUUCUAUCUUUAUUCUUCAGGAUCUGCCAAAAACACCCCACAACCAAGAAUUCCUGGUAGUGAGAUCGACUUUCCAAAAUUGUUGGAACAAGAUAUUGAUGGAGAUGAAACAAGUGUUAUCGCAUACAUUCAUUGCUUGCGCGUUUGGAAAAUCCAAGCUCACCUUAUUUCAACUGUGUACGAACAAGAAUCAGAUAUGACAGUAGAACAACUUCAAGAAUAUGAUCAACAACUCUUGGCUUUCUAUGCUGGCUUACCAGACUAUCUGAAAUUCGACAGUGGCUUUGAAUAUGGACACGAAGAUUUGUUUUUAGCCUGUAUCCGUGUAAAUAUUGAAUACAAUGCCACUCGAAUCAUUCUUCACAAAUUAUUCGUACCUGACCAAAAUGAUCCUCGCCCAAGCCAAUUCUCACUGGAAUCCUUAAACAUUUGUUUAAAGACUGCUUUAAAACAGUUAUCGACAUUAAACUCGGGCUCUUUUCUCCCCAAUGGCAGAUGUACCUUUGAUCGUGAUGAAUUAUGGAGAGCAAGUGAAGUUAUUUCAAUCGCUAUGGAUGUAUACCGUGCUUGUGCCUCAGCAGAAGAUUGCGCAUUGAUUAUCAAAGAUAUUCGUCCGGAAGAAUUCGAGAAUGGCUUAACAAGAGCACUGGAAAUCCUGAAGAAUACCAUGGAAUUCGAAGCACUCAAUCGCAACUGGAUUCAAGUAGCAGAUUGGCUCCAAGUCGAGAUAAGAAGACAUCAACUUUAUUCAAGCCCCCGUUUCAAAACAACAGACUCAAAAAGCAAAGAUACUAAUUCCUCUCUCAAUAAUACUCAUCCUGAUUACUUUCUUGCCAACCUCAAAGCUGAUGCUGAAACCAAAAGACAGGCAGGUAUGGUCGAUACCAACAAAAUUAAAAGCGAACUUUUGCGACGCAUGUCUCGCUCAUCACUCUCUCAAGAUACCAAUUCUAUUGCCAAUGAUAAACACCGACCGGUAAAAAAUACUUACAACAAUAACUCAUCAUGGAUGCAACAUCAGCAGGUGUUCUCCAGCUAUAAUAUCAAAGACUCAUCUCCGACUCCACCUACAUCAACUAUCUUUAAAAACAAUUCUAUGCCCAUCUCAUUUAUGGAUCAAUCUUAUCGAUUUCAAAAUGAAAACACUUCCAAACCGUUCAUCUCCAAAUUUUCAUCUAUACCUGCCUCAUCUACACCUAUGUCCUUUGUACAAUAUCAACCUCAACCUUCAUUAAACCCACCUUCCGAAAUCAAGAGUAAUGUUACUUCCAUCCCUAAGAACCAAUCAAAGUUUAGAUACUUUAGUCCAAGGAAAAUGAACAAAUUUAUGUUCAUUGAUGAUACCCCAGUACCAUAAAACUUUUAUAA